AUGGAGCAAAAAAACGAACUCAAUGAAGCAUAUGGUGCAAACUGUUAUAAUAGUGGUUGGGAUGAUUUCGGAACGGGAAAACACCAUCAUCGGGGGCAAACGGUAGCAGAUGUCGUUAGGUGUAGAGUUAUGAGUGUUGCAUGGGUCUUCGCAAAUGGGUGGGGAACUACUGGGAGCGCUAACACGGACGGGGUCGAAAUCACGCAGGAAGAACGGAAUAUGUUCAGGUGUGAAGUAGCAAAUAUAUUUGGACAUCUACUGAAGGCAAAGUAUUGUCCACGGCAAAGCGGAUUUAAGAGGGGUGUAGAGUAUUCCCGCAUAGCAUUCCAGAAAAUGAACAGCCCAGGGCCACAUGAAGCUGGAAACAUUACGGGUCCGGUUAUAGAAGGUAAAUGUACAGCAUGUGGGUACGGCGAGUAUCAAAGGUGGGCAAACGCGAUAAAUUUGAAAGUAGUAGAGUGGCUCAUGGAGCACGCACACAUAAAUGAAGAAAUAAAAAGAAUGCAAGAGGCCAUGCCAUGUACCACACAAUGGACACAUUACAUUAAGCAGCUGGACCCCCAGCACAACCCUAUUAAGGACGGGGACAGAGACUGGACCAGUAUCAAAGCCCAUUUGAGCGCCGCAGGGAACACGACGUUAGAGACAGCAGAGAAGGACAUGGAGGGAGAAGUGAAAAAGAUAAUUGAGAAGGUGAAGGACGCCAAAGACCAAAUACUGCAGAAGGCAAAGGAGGCGUCUGCGCAAGUGCAGAAGAACGCGCAAAAGGACGCCACCGAAACGACGCGUAAGAAUACGAUUUGUAACACUACGAACAUACGGCCGAUACUGACUAUGGCCGCAUACGAAUAUACGGCCGCACACGAUGCGGGCCACCACAAAAACACACGCACACGCGGCGGGAACGCAACGCACGUGAACUACGCACGUGAACUACGCACGUGA